AUGUCAUUGGUUUAUCAAAAAUUACAAGUUUAUGAUAUUUAUAUAAUAAAAGAAUUUAAAUUUAAUACUAAAAGCACAAAAACAAUAGUAAUGUGGAUCUCAUUGUCUAAAGAACAUGAAUAUGAAUAUUCAAAAUUCUUGGCUAAAUGUUUAAUCAAUAAUACAAAUAAACCAUUACUUAAUUAUAAAGAAACCUCCUUUUCUUCAGAUAGUACUGAAUCUCUUACAACUGAUUUUCAUACCCCUACUCUUAGUCCUAUAGUUUCUUUUGGUAAUAUAUUUGACCAAGAGUCAGAUACUAAUAGUAUUGACAAAUUAGUACUCAAUCAAACUGCUCUUGUUGAAAUAGAAAACUUAGAACAAAUUAACCCUUCUAUUCCUAAAAACACUAUCAUCAUGGAGCCAGAAAAUCAAGCCAAUAAUAACAAUAAUCAAGGCGAUUAUACCCAUAUAUAUCCAAUUAUAGACGAUACUCUUAUUUAUAAUUAUUAG